AUGGCGACAAAUCCAUUGAAGGAGAUUCUACCUCCAGUCAUGGCAGAAGGUACGGUUGUUUUCCCUCCUUACUUGCAUCGUGAAGGUUUUGUGCCCCGAAAAUUGGCCGAUUUCGGUGAUGGGGGUGCUUUCCCUGAGAUUCACAUUUCUCAGUAUACACUUGAUAUGUACAGAAACCUGUCUGCUGCCAGACCCAGGUCCAAAAUUGUAUCGGUCACUGUUGAUGCUCAUGCCAAUGUCAUGCAUGAUGCCAUUGUGAGACAGGACGAGAACUUGAAGAAGAUUGUUUACUCACAGCUUGAGGAUAUCAUUCCCAAGAUUUUGAAGGGCGAGGAUGAAGAAGAAGAAAUUGAGAUGCAGAAAGAAAUCGAGCAGACUACCCGGGAAACGAAAGCUGCUCUCGAGAAAACAUUGAAUGUGAAAUUGAGUGCAACACAUCCCAAAAAUGUUCCCCAACAUUCCUAUGACCCGACUUACUUCACAUACAGUCUAUCUCAGUCUUAUGCAGCAUCAUUCAAUUCCGGUGCAAACGAAAGGAUUGUCAGAAUGGUGAAUCAUCCUGUCGACCCACUCGAGCCACCGAGGUCCAAGCGCAAGAAGUUUCCAAGAGGUUCUGGCUCUCCACCAGUUCCAGUGAUCCAUUCCCCUCCUAGACCGGUGACGGUCAAAGAUCAACAGGACUGGCAAGUUCCACCUUGUAUCUCAAAUUGGAAGAACCCCAAGGGCUAUACUAUCCCACUCGAUAAGCGCAUGGCUGUGGAUGGGAGAGACUUGUUGGGUGUCCAGAUCAGCGAUAAUUUUGCAAAAGUUUCCGAGUCGUUAUACGUUGCUGAACAGAUGGCUAGGGAAGGAGUUGAGAUGAGAUCGAAAGUUCAAAAGGAAAUAAUGAUGAAGGAGAAGGAAAGGAAAGAGCAGGAACUUCGGGCCUUAGCUCAGAAGGCUAGAGCAGAGAGAGCCGGGACAGUAGCCCCACAUUGCAGGGCAGCUUCAGAGAGGGAAAUGGACGUUCCAGUGCCACCACCUAAGGAGGUUUUAAAAGAGCAGAAGGAAGAGAAGCUGAAACUAGACAAGAUUCGAGAGGAAUGGCGAAGGGAGAGAAGAAGGCUUGAGGUGAAAGAUGCUGCAACGAGGAAGAAGAGCAAGAUCAGGAGAGACCGAGACCGUGACAUCAGCGAGAAAGUUGCUAUUGGCGUGGCUAAUGUCGAAAGAGGGAAAGCCGAAGGAGGAGGGGAGGUCAUGUAUGAUCAGAGGCUGUUCAACCAAGACAAGGGAAUGGAUUCCGGGUUUGCCACGGAUGACCAGUACAAUGUGUAUGACAAAGGGCUGUUUACUGCUCAGUCCAUUCUUUCCACGCGGUACAAACCGAUGAAGGCUGUGGACGUUAACAUGUAUGGGGUUGCAGAUGAACAAUUGGAGCAUAUUAUGAAGACCAAGAGGUUCAAACCGGACAAGGCGUUUACAGGUAAAUCGGAGAGGGCUCGACCUAGAGACAGGCCGGUAGAAUUUGAUAAGGAAGCAAAAGAGACUGAUCCGUUUGGUCUGGAUCUGUUCGUGACGGAAAUGAAGAAGGGGAAAUGA